AUGAGGUGCACACUCUAUGCGGUGUUCUUGGAGUCGACUUUGGACAAACUGUUAGCGAGGUUCAUCCGAGCUUACAUAGGACUAACCACGAGCAGUCUACAAACAUCAGCCUGUACAGCGGUGGAAGAUGUAACUGAGAAAUGCCUUGUUUGGUUUCAGGAUGAGAACCGGUACAGCGCUGGAAGAGGCGGUCAUUGGUGUCGUAAGACUGCAUACUGUCUUCAUCAGGUCCAAGUGGAUUAUGAGGGCAAGCUGGUAGAUGGUUUCGGGAAUGGGUCUGUGAAUAUUCUAGGGAAACUAAAUCAGACUCCUUGGUAUCUGGAAGAUGGUACUGGUCGGGUAAAUGUAGAGAGAGCUGAAUUUGCUCGAGGAUUUUAUGAUACUCUAAAAGAGUAUGUUAAUGAUAUGCUGAAGAUUUUCAGUGAAGUAGAUGAAGCCAUGGACAGGCUUUUUUCACCCGAUGAUCUUUCAGUAGAAGGCUUUAAGGUGUUCUAUGGGACUGCUCUUAAUAUUGGUACUUCUUUGACUUUUGUUGGUGAGGCUGUUAGAGGCGAAGCUAGUAGUCUCAUGAUUCAAAAACCACCAAAGGAACAUCCUUUUAUGGUCUUCAAAGGAGAAGGCUCCUUUGAAAAAAUGGUUGACAAGAUAAAGUCAAAUUCAGAGUUUUAUAUUUUCUACUCCAAGUUUUUCGGAACGAUUGUUGUGGCUUUAGCCAUCAUAUACGGUGCGGAUUUUAUAAGAAGGUGGAAGAAAAAGAAGUUUGAUGCAUGGACUUACUGUAUGUCUUUCAUGCGGUGCGACAUCCAUAGCUUGUUAUCUCUGGGGGCGAAAGCUAAUUAUUUUAACAGUAUUACCCGAGUAAUCGACUUAAAAUGGUUAGAUGAUUUGCUUAAAGAAAAAACCACGAAUCUUCUUGUUGUGGUAUCCGGAAGAGUUGCUUCUGCCGCACCCUUUAAUUGCAAUGAUAAUGGUCCUUUGGAUGUUGUUUUCGAGCGAAAGACCGGAAAUGCUACUGACGAAUACUUAGAUGUCCGGUCAGAGYUUCCUGGAACAUAUCCAAAUURRCUAGACAAGACUUCRAAGCGUUCGUCCCCAUUAGAUACAUCUCAAGGCUUGCCAACCCGAGACAUACGCAAUGGUUAG